AUGACCGCCCAUUGCGAACUCCGCACCUCCGCGAAUCACUAUAAAGGUUUGCAUCGGCCAACUGUGAAAUACCCGACCGGUCCACAGUGUGUCAGUGGUGGGUUGCUUCAUGACAUCUUUUCAUUUUCGGGAAAUGGGUGGCAACGAAAACUGAAUAAUUGUAAAUUAAAAACCGGUGAUGAUGAUUGUGUGAAUUUGUCUGUGGCUGAAUAUCAAAUUAUCGAAGCUCCCGACUGGGAUGAUGGUGCUAUUUGUGAUAUAAAGAGAGAUUUAGCAAAAACGAUGGUUCAAAGGUUAUUCCACUGGGGUCCACUGGCAGUGAUUUGCAUAACAUUAAUUAUUGGAACUGCUACGACAUAUGUACAUUUGCAGUGGUGGCCUUUAACUACAGUAACUUCAUUCUUGCAUCUUUCACUUUUUUUACUCUUCAAUUACCUAACCUUAAUUAAUCUUAGUAGAUCAUCAUUCUUUGGUCCAGGAUAUGCUCCAUAUAACUGGAAACCACCGAGAAAGUUUAAUAAUUUUAUGAGGAUGAAAAUCGAUUACAAUAUUGUCGAAUAUGUGAUGGCUUUAAAAUGCCUCGUUCGCAUCACUGCUCAAAAUGUGGUCGCUGUGUUUGCAAAAUGGAUCAUCACUGCCCCUGGAUAA